AUGGUUAUUGAACAUUUACCAUACAGCUUUCAUGUUGAUUUUAUUGUUUUACAUACGAGUAUUUGUAAAACAACAAUAUUUCUGAUUUAUUUCACAAAUCAUUUAUCCAAUGUGGUGUUAACAUUAGCAUCAAUAGAUCGAUUUAUAUUAAUCUAUUGUCCAUCGCGUUCGAAACGUUAUUGUAAUAUCGAACGAGCUAAACAAUGUGUGAUUAUUGUUGUUAUUAUUUUGUUUCUCGCUAAUGCACAUUUUUUUUUCGGUUAUGAAAAAAUUCUUUUAAAUGAGAAACAAUUGAAUGAGUUCUAUGACUGCAACAUCCGACGAGAAAACCAUUUGUAUCGUACAUUGUUCCGUAUCUAUGAUUCUUAUGUGGAAUCCGUCUUUUUUGUUAUUGUACCUUUUAUAAUCAUGUUUAUUUGUUCGAUAUUAAUCAUUUUACAAAUCUUUGAAACGCGAAAAACGAUUCGAUACAAUACAAAAGUUAAGAAAACAUUUCAAGAACAAGGUACAACUCGUUUACGUGAUAAAGAUAUUCAAUUAUGUUGUAUGUUACUUGGAACCACAUUUGCUUUUCUUGUUCUUUGUUUACCCACUGAAAUCAAUGAUAUUUUACUUUACACAGAUCGAGAACAUUCGUGUUCCAAUUGGUUCCGAAAGGUUUUUCUCAUACUAUUACAACAGAUUUAUUAUGCCGGACAUCUGUACAUUUACACAUUAACCGGACAAUUGUUUCGUAGACAUUUAUUCGCCAUAUUUUUUAAAGAAAAUCAAACUAAAGAACAAGAGAAUCGAUCUUUUCCAGCAAGACUUCUCGGUAAUAUUCAUAGUAAAUAUCAACGGUACACAAGUCAUUCGAAUUUACCAGAUCAAACAGAUGGAUCGAAAACAUCGUUCACAACAACUAGCUUUAUCAAAACAUCGACACAUCGAUUACCAACAAGAACUAUUCAAUCGAGCGAGGUUUAUACUUCGAGUGAUCCAUCACAAAGACUUCUUUCCGAUUCGAAAUAG